GACAAAAUGUGGGAAAGUUCAAGGGGUAUGAAUACUUUUUCAAGCCACUGUACUUUGUUUCUCGUUUACGUCCAUGGCGGUACCAUUGUACUGGAGUUUUGGUCCUCAUCCCUACCAAACAGACAGAAGCUGAAGCCAAGUAGCUUCCAUUGUUUUUAGCAGUACGAAUAUUCAUAAUUAUGGUCAGGCCCUUCAAAAGCCGUUUUAUUUUUUUCUAUUAAAUUUUUUCCUGUUUUUUGCCUUUUACACUUAUUUUACCAGCGUUAAUGAACAUACUGAUGCAAUACGUCAUUGAACAAACAUGCCCAGUAUUUCAGAAAGGGUUAACUUGACUAACUUUUCUAAUGGGAUGGUCUCACGCUAGUCAUUUGUCUUCUUCAUGUCAUCUAUUUUACUAUCUAUCUUACUUUGUUUGCACAAUUAGACAGUACAUGGUACACAGUGCUCUUAUUUUGAAGGCCGGAAGUGUGUUUGUGUGAGUUGAGAAUAUCUCUUGACGUAAAGACGAGCGGAGAGCAAGAAUAAAUGUGCCUGUGGUCUAGGGCUGGGCGAUAUAACGAUAUAUACCCGCCCCCUCCUUGCACGCAGGAGGAGGGGUGGAGCAGAAGCCCGGCGGCUCAGUCCUUGACGAAAAUGUAGGACGCGACAUGGACAUCGUCUGCGGUGGAAGAAUUAGUCAGCAAGGAAUAAGCGGUGGCUCAGCAAUUUGAGGUGUUUUGAAUUCAGAGCAUAAAAGUAUUUUUCAUCACCUUGCAAACUCCAAUACGAGGAGUGUGUGAAGUCAACUCCUGCCACAACUCAAAGCUCACUGCUUCUUUUUCCUGUUGUGUUCCUCAUGAAAGGAAAAGCAGAGUGCUGUGCUAUCAUGAAGAGGUGUCCCAUCACAUUGCUAAGAUAUGGUCCCCGUUGCAACAGUGGAAAAAACGGCAACACUAGGAGUACCAAGAAGGGGCCAAUUUGGACUCCAGCCCUAGAAAUAUCAGUGAGGAGCCAAAAUGGCCCAGUUUUCAUAUGUAAAUGCAGUCGUUACCAGUGCAUCAAAACAUUAGGCUGAAUGAAAUACCAGAGAGGGGCCAAAAUGGCCCAGUUUUCAUAUAUAAAUGCAGUCGUUACCUGUGGAAUGUGGCGGAAUGUACUUUCAAGGACUUGUGUUUCAGUUCAAGACAAAAUAAAAUUAGAGGACAGAGGCUGUAUUUGCAGUAUAUGGUGCAUUUGCGUGUUCUAUAUUUCAUAGUUCUGAUUUCAAAGCUGAUAACUCUUCUUUGAAUCCUGUGCAUCAUAAAUAAAUGACAGGAAGAAAUGAAAAACAUGUGUAUAACCUCUUACUUCAGUUUUACAUUUGAUACUGAUUCAGUGUUAUAUUUUCUACAAGCAGCACAUACGUAACAAACAACUCCGACGGAUGACCACCCUCCUCGGCACAAUAAUUAAAGUUCGCCGGGAGAUGCCUGAAUCAGCCAAGCAGACUUUGGACCGUCAGCAAUACAGCACUGAGGUGUUUUCUACAUCUGGUGCAGCACUGACUGUGUAUGCCCCAAAGCGGAAGAAGAUUGUGUGCAUCCUUAGCAGCAUGCAUAGCAUUAUGGAGACUGGCGAUACUGGCAAGAAGAAGCCAAAUACAGUGACAGACUACAAUGCCAUGAAAUGUGGAGUCGAUGUGAUGGACAAGAUGGUGCGGGAAUACACUGUGCGUUAGGGUUAGGGUUACGGUUAGGGUUAGGGCGUGAAGGAGAGACGGGUCGACUUCCUGGUGGAGCUAGCAAGUGAUUUGGCGCACUCCCAUGUUGGAGCCCAGAAGGCCAGCGUGGAGACCCGUCUUCUGCAACAACAUGCCACACCAGAACCUGGGAAGCGUGCCAAGUGCCAAGUCAAGAGGGAGUGCAACAGCAGUCAUCAGUAUGCGCUGCGCUGACUGUUACAAAUACACUUGUGGCAGGUGCAGGAAGGAGGUGGUUUGGAAGUGCCAUGACUGUGCAGUAUAGAGGACAGAGGCUGUAUUUGCAGUAUAUGGUGCAUUUGCGUGUUUUCUAUAUUUCAUUGUUGUGAUUUCAAAGCUGAUAACUCUUGUUUGAAUCCUGUGCAUCAUAAAUAAAUGACAGGAAGAAAUGAAAAACACGUCAACCUCUUACUGCAAAAUUACAAAAAAAGAAAUACAAAAAAUGCAAAGGGCUAAAAUAAUGACAAAUUUACACAAAGAAAUUUCAAAAAGCUUAGAAAUAUUUUAUUUUUCAAACAGUAAAAUUGUAGAACAACACACACUAAUAAAAUGUGCAAACUCUCCCAAUUCUCAUGCAAAAAGGGACUUUACUUUCCAACAAAGCUUUCUCUUCUGAAAAUUUUACUUUGUCUUGAACUGAAACACAAGUCUUUGAAAGCAUUCCACAGUUGCCACACCUUCCCCCUCAGUUUGAGCCACAUUCACAUUCCACAUUCACAUUCCACAUUGAUGCACAGGUAACGACUGCAUUUACAUUACAAAACUGACUGGUGAGGACUAUCAACUUGUUAAUCCAAAUUCCACAGGACCAUUUUGGCCCUCUCUGGUAUUUCUCAGGUGGGAAGGUUGAGGCCGGUGCUUCAAGUGUUAAGAACCCGCUGAAGACGAUGGACUUGUCAUGUCCAGCGAGCUUCCUGGACACAAUGAUCUAGCACGACAAGCUCUACCACAAAUGUACAAGGACGUCAGACAGACACUUGCUAAGCCUGAUGCACUUUACAGAGCCAACGUGCACAGACACAUGCAGAGUGAACCCUCCUGUCAUCCAGCCUGCGUGGCACAGAGAGACCAGGAAAACAAACAGAAAAUGCCCCAAAGUAGUAUGGAGAGUCCCAGCAGGCAGCGGCCUCAUGAGGGCUGGCAGCCGCCGUGGAUCACCCGCGUGGCCGGUAGUCCCGCCUCCUCGGGGGCGGAGUCAGACACUGAGUGCAGCGGCACAGAGAGCGAGAGGUCCUGCGUGAAGGAGACAAAUGUGGACUCAAUCAGGCUCCUGCCGUUGCCCUCCAAGCUUCAGCAGAGAAUAGCAGAGCUUGACCAGCAGAAGGAAGAACUGAAGAUUGAACUGCAGCUGGAGAUCGCCCUGCUGCAAGGGGAGCUACAGACAGAGAAGACACAGCUCCUCAAACACAAGCAGAAGCUGCAAGAACUGCAACAAACAGCCCGGCUGAGACUUGUAGACGGGCAGAGAGAGCGAGAGCGUCUGGAGGAGGAGAGGGUGCGGGUGGAGGAGCUGAGGAGGAAGUGUGAGGAAUCCGAGAAGCUGAUCCCAAGUCAGCCAGAGAGCAAGAUGGAGCGCCUGAGGCUCCAGAUGCAGCACGACAAAGAGGCCAUGGAGGCAGCCGUUCGGGCCUUUGAGGACUGGGAGUUUCGGGUUCUGGAGCGAGAGAGCGGCGUGGACGAGGUAGGCGAGAUGAGCAAUGAAGAGAGAACAACGUUCUUGGCGAAGGAGAUCUCCUGCCAGCAUCACGCAGUCAAUGCAGCGCAGGAGCGAGUUGCGCUGUUGGAGAAGCAGCUGAAGGACAUGGAAGGUGAGAAGGAGCGAGAGCUGGACGCCCUGAUGAAGGAGAAGCGAGGCCUUAUGCAUUCUCCUCACACGGUCGUCCCAGAGAACAAGGCAUUCGCUGACUGGUCAGACUUGACCAGCUGCGCCCCCGGUGUGAUGUCCCGUUUGUCGUUUGCCAUUCACAAGCCGCCUCAGGACCCGUGCAAGGACUCUGCCGGUCUGGCGCGGAGGCGCAGCUCUCAUCGCAGCAGCAAACUGAAGGACAGGCCGCUGUCGGUCCAGGGCUUGGUGAGGACCUCGGAGGCUUUCACCUCCCCCCAGAGUCUCGGCAACGGGCACAUCGGCGGGCUCAGACCUGACAGCGCCAACGCUUGCGAGCGCUCUCGCGCUGCCAGCCCGUGUCUGAUGGAUCUGGUGGAGAUUGAGAGGAAGCUGCGGGAAGCCAAAGCAGAGCGAGAGAGGCUGCUCAGAGAACGGGAAGAGCGACUGUUGCUGGAGGAAAGAGGACAACAAGAACUCAACAUGCCCAAACCAGAACCAGCAGAACAGCAGGAGAACCAGACCGCCACCCCGCUCAACUCGCCCGAGCACAUUUUCCCGCUCUACCUGCCGCACUUUGACCUCCGCAGCCACGUGGAGUCGCUGGGUCACGGCGUCACCGGCUGCACCGACCUGCGUGUGACGCCUCGGCGCUGCGCAGGCUUCCUGACCAAGCGUGGGGGAAGGGUGAAGACCUGGAAGAAGAGGUGGUUCCUGUUUGACGUGGACCACAGGCGGCUGGCGUACUACACAGACUGCGAUGAGAGGAAGCUGAAGGGCGUCAUCUACUUCCAGGCCAUAGAAGAAGUUUACUACGACCAUCUACGCACAGCCGCCUCGUCGCCUCGGCCCACUCUGACGUUCUGCGUCAAGACGUACGACCGCCUCUUCUUCCUGGUGGCGUCCAAUCCCGUCUCUAUGAGGAUCUGGAUGGACGUCAUCGUCACGGCGACGGACGAGCACAGUCGUUAUUGAGCAGGUGAGCACAAAAGGGAAGAAGUGUGAUGCUGUGACAGACACUCCCCCCUGUGGCCCCGGUCAGGCAUAGCAAGUAACACUGCGGGACCAAUCAUACGUAGACGAUGCACAUGUAGAAGAUGAACUUAUUAGCAGGGAGGGUGCCAUACACUGUCACCAUGCAACAUGAAAUUCAUCUACAAACAUGCAAGAAAAAUGACUUCAGCCUUUUUAGUCAGUGUGAACUUUAAAAAGGAAAGAAAAAUCAUUUUUUCUCUCUUAAAAUAUGUGAAAGUACUGAAAAUAAAUCAUGAUCAAGUGAGAAGAAAAUGAGUCCUUUUUCUCAUCUUUUCUGACAGAAUAAAUGUGAGCAGGUAGUAAGGCCACAUUUCUGCUUUUUCCACUUUAAGCCUCUCGAGGUCCCAAACCCCCCCUCCUCUUUGCUUCUUGAGGGGGAAACACGUUCGAUGUCAAAAACGAGUUCUGUCAUUGCAACGUCCGCUUGGGUUAAUUUCAGGACGGUCUUUCAACAUGGAUGUUGAAACAUUCCGUUUAUUACCACCUCAAGCCAAUUCCCUCUGCUAGUCACUACGCAAAAAUACUUCCUUUUGAAGUUCAUAAGAAAACCUUUUUAGUGCAGUAUUUGAUUUGAUGGAUGAAUGUUGAACAAGCUUUUGGUCAAAUGUCUUAGAAUAGUUGGCAAUUAGAUUCAGAGCGGUCUGAUUGGACAAAAAAAAGGACAAAUCGGCAGUACUUUCACAAGAAUAAAAGUUGUCAUUUAACAAGAAAGGCAACAUUUUAAUGAGAAUAACGUAAUAGGACAAAUGACAUCACUUUAAAAGCACAAAGUUGUAAUACUGUGAAGUAAAUAACGAAUAUGACGAAGGUGACAUUUUUGGAAAAUUAGUUUGUGGAAAAAGUUCGACUGUUCCAAGAAGAAUAAAGUCAUUGGGAAGAGAAACAGCUUGUAUUCUAACAAGAAAACAUUAUGAGGAAAAAUAAUGUCAUUUUAGUAGCAAAGAGUUGAAAUAUCAAAAAAAGAUAACAGCAAAAAUGAGGGGAAAAAGAGUGAAGUUGAUAUGAAUAAUAUUGUAUAUGUACUGUAACCCUAUUCUAUAUGACAAGCUGAGAUGAAAUCUACACUGGUUGGAAAAAGUGUUUGCCCCCAAUGCCUUACUUUUGUGCAUGUUUGUCACACUUAAAUGUUUCAGAUCAAACAAACGUAAAUAUUAGUCAAUGACAACACAACUCAACACUCUAUGCACUUUUUAAAUGAAACUUUUUAUUAUUAAGGGCAAAAAAUGCAAAGCUACAUGGUCCUGUGUGGAAAAGGAAAGAGUACCCCUGCCCCCUUUUGGGACUCCAGCCAACCACAGUGAGAGCCAUUAUUCACAAAUCGCCAAAACAUGGAACAGUGGUGAACCUUCCCAGGAGUGGCCGGCCAACCGAAACGACCCCAAGAGCGCAGCCAUGACAAAAGACCCUGCAACAACAUCCAAAGAACCGCAGGCCUCACUUGCCGCAGUUAAGGUCAGUGUUCAUGACUCCAUCAUAAGAAAGCCACUGGGCAAAAACGGCCUCCAUGCCAUGAGUUCCAAGACCAAAACCACUGCUGAACAAAAAACAAAAUUAAGGCCAGAAAACAUCUUGAUGAUCCCCAAGACCUUUGGGAAAAUACUCAAAAGUUUAAUUUUCUGGAAGGUGUGUGUCCCAAUACAUCUGGCAUUUCAGAAAAAGAACAUCCUAGCAACAGUAAAAUGUGGUGGUAGUGUGAUGGUCUUCAGCACCUGGAAGACUUGCUAAAUGGAAGCAUGAAUUCUGUGGGUGACCUCAAGCUGAAAGCAACUUGGGUUCUGCAGCAGGACAAUGAUCCAAAACACACCAGCAAGUCCACCUCUGAAUGGAUGAAGACUUUGGAGUGGUCUAGUCCAAGUCCUGACCUGAAUCCUAUUGAGAUGCUGUGGCAUGACCUUAAAAAGGAAAAGCCUCCAGUGUAACUGAAUGACAACAAUUCUGCUAAAUUCCUCCCCAGCGCUGGAAGAGACUCAUUGCAGGUUGAUUGCAGUUGUUGCUGCUGGGGGGGCAACCAUUUAUUAGCUUUAGGGGGCCAUCACUCUUUCACACAGGGACAUGUAGCUUUGGAUUCUUCUUCUCCCUUCAUAAUAAAAAGUUUGAUUUAAAGUGUUGAGUUGUGUUGUCAUUGGCUAAUAUUUACAUCUGGAGGAAAAGGUUUGGCUUUCAGUUUCAAUAGAGAAGUAAAGGCACACAUGAAACCACGAUGACUGGCAGAGAAGUAAAGGCACACAUGAAACCACAAUGACUGACAGCGUUACACCAUGACAAAGGCUCAUUGACGCGCUCCGAACUGAGAAACGCGCACAGUCCAUUUUUCAAGGUAAGAAAUCCAUCUCGUCAUGAAAAAUGUUUACUUUGUUGUUUCUGGGCUGAAUUGAAAGUGUGGGAGUGUUUUUCUGCCUUCACGUGACUUUUUCAUUGUAGAAAAUGUUUGUGGUCUUGAGUGCAUUUUGUGUAAAACUGAUGAGUGGAAUCAAUCUGACAUUGCAUGAUGCCCUCCGUGGCAGAUGUCUCUGUUCUAUUUAUUAUUUUAUUGUUCAUAUUGGACAUUCAACGCACUCACGCUGUAAAACUCUUGAAUCUUGAAGUGCUGCUCGUGAGCUUAAACCUUUGAAAGGGUUCCGGUUUGCACUUUUGUAGUUUGUAUUGAAAUGAUUUUUUUGUUUUUUAUUGACCAAUUUGAUCUUGCGUGAAAUGGUGUAAUUGUACUUUAAGGGUAAAAAAAAAAAAAAAAACGUAAAAUGUGUUGUUUAUUUGCUAUGACUGCUAACCAUGCGUUUAUCUGUACGAAGCAUUUUUUGUUCAAGUAGGAGAGAAAAGAGAAUGACACACUUUGCAGUGAAGGUUUUACUGCUUGGCUGCCUCUUUGAAGGCAGUCGGUGCCAGGAGUGGGCGGCCAUCAUGCCGUCCAGCGUGGAGGGUCUGGGCGGCUCCUGCGUGAGGAUCCCGU